CCCACCGGCUUUCCCGAAAAAAUUAAAAGAGUGGGCUCAGUUUCUGCAGCGCCUUCUUCCAGGGCAAGAUGAACACCGUUCUGCCUUGCCAAGACCAGUACUUUGUAGGAGGCCAAAGCUAUAAUUGCCCGUAUUCCGGUACAACGUCAGAAUCUAGUGUUGACGUUUCCACGGAGACUUGGGUCUCUUUCUGGGCUGCUGGUCUCCUGGACAACAGAGAGCCCCAACAAGCACCACAGGCACAGGAAUCAUCCAGUGACUCGAAUUUCCCUGUUCUUAAUUCGUGUUCAUGGGAAGAGGCUCAGCUUUCCUCUCAGCUCUACAGAAACAAGCAGCUCCAAGAUACUCUGGUGCAGAAGGAAGAAGAACUUGCUAGGUUACAUGAAGAGAAUAAUCAUCUCAGACAAUACCUGAAUUCUGCUUUAGUUAAAUGUCUUGAGGAAAAAGCCAAGAAAUUGCUGUCAUCAGAUGCGUUCUCCAAAGCAUGUGGAAAAUUCAGAAAGGGGAAGAGGAAACCCAAAGAGCAAAGAUAUUUUCCUCCUGAGAUUCCCCAUCAUAAAAAUGCCAAAAGAAACCUCUCUAGUGAAUUUGCUAACUGUGAACAACCUGGGCCCCCUGUGGAUCCCUGGGUUCUUCGAACACUGGGGUUGAAAGACCUCAACACCAUUGAUGACACCUCAUCAGCUAACUACAGUGCCCUCUCGUCUCAUCCCAGACGGACCACAAGCACAUUGCCCCAGUUUCUGGAUGAUGCAGUUGAUUAUCUCAGUGCCUCCGGGGAAGAUCUGCCAAUUGACUAUGGCGGUGACAGAACAACCCCCUCACACAGCACUGCCAGCCACAGGGAAGAUUUUCACUUCCUUUCUCAACUUUCAAAUCCCCCAGGAGGACUACAAACUCUUCCUUACUAUACUUCUGAUGUGUCACCCAAUAAGACAGAGAUGGCCUUUUCCACAUCCCUGAGCCCUCACUGUAAUGUGAAAACUCACUCCUUCCACCAGGGACAAGCCUUUGUUCGUCGAGAUGAAGAGGGAGGCUGGAAGUUUACCUGGGUCCCUAAGCAGUCUUAGUGAUCCCCUCCUCUAUCACAAAGGACUGCCAUGAACUUUGUUUACAAGACCUGUCUUGCACUUGAACCUGACUAUGUGGAAAAUGCAAGCUAUUGCCCAGACUGUCUCCUGCCACUUUAAAUGUCACUCUCAAUUACCCACUUAAAUCUGCAGGGAAUGGCUUCCAGGAAUCUAUAAUGAAACAUGCCUGCUCUUCUUUCACCUAAAUUUGACUUGUUUACACACCCACACCUGCUGUUGACUUCCUUCCUUGGCCCUAUACUUGAAAAGGUAUUUUCCAAUUGCCUGAAUAUUCCUUUGAGACCUACAUGUGCUGUUCCAAUUAUAACAAGUCUAAAAGCUUUUCUUCUCUCAUCAGACAGUUUAAAUGUUCACAGCCUUCACCUUUCCACUUUUAUUUCUCUCCUGUUCCUCUUCAUUUCUAAAAACUGCCUUUGAAAUGAGCAUUAUAAUUACUCCACAUACCUGUUAUUGGGUGUUCAAAUAACUGGGGGUGGGGUAGAAACAAGAAUCUUUGCCCAUUGCCAUUCCUGAAGACAUAAUGUAGGUGUGAGUAAUGUUAUGUGUAGUGCAGUUCAUUAACUUGAGUGUCCCAUGAUGGAGCUGACAAAAAAAAUCUCUUCAACACCUGGAAAUCUACUGAUAAGCAACAACACUGAUAAAUUAAAAGAUAAAAGAGAAUGAAAAUUACUUCAAAAUGCCUGCAUGGUGUAUCAGCUUCUAUGGGCACCUGGCAUUGUGUUUGCAACCAACAUCACUCAAACAAGAAGAUUUUUGAGGAACUCGUGGUAACAGAAUAAGUCACUAUCCUAAACUAAUUAGAUGCUGAUACAUUUCUAUUCCUGAAAGUAUGGUCUAGCCUAGCUCUGACACUGUCUUACUUAUCCAUUCAGUCAUUCAUGUGUUCAUUUGUUCAUUCAUCAACACACCCAAAAUAUUUGUAGAACACCAACUGUGUACCAGGCAUUGUGCUAUGGGGUGAUGAUAAAAUGUGAACAAGUUA